CUACAGCAAUGGCGCCUACAAUCACUUCAACAGCAGAACACCCAAAGGAACAUUUGAACCUGACUCACAAGCUGAGAAAACCUAUUGUGGAGAAGCAGCGCAGAGAUCGCAUCAACAAAAGUAUUGAGGACCUCAAGGAUCUCCUGGGUCCAAAACUACUCAACCAGCAGCCUGACUCCAAGCUGGAGAAAGCCGACAUCCUGGAGAUGACUGUCUGCCUCCUCAGACGGCAUCUUCUUCAGCCAAUGAAAACCUCAUCCUCCUCCGGUGUUGCCGGUCAUGGUUUCUCCAUGUGUGCUCAAGACGUUGUUUACAUCCUGUCCAAGGAUUCUGGGAGAACACAGUCCAAUGGGAAGUUGCUGACCCAGUUCAAGACCCUACAAGCACCCAGUGAUGACCACCGGAGAGAGAGUGACCAGUGCCUGUUGGGUUCUCCUGUCAGGCAUGUCCAGGGCAAAGACAAGAGUCCAGCCAAGAGCGCCCCCUGGAGGCCCUGGUAA